CUCCCCCGUGAGUCGAGUCGGGAGGACGUGCCGACUCCGGAAUCCGCGCGAUUUGUGUCUGUGAUUGUGUGAACGAAAUAUAACCUGGCCGUUUGCGUCCACAUAAAUUCAAAUUCGGAAUGACAUAAAACACCGCGGUUCCAUAUUCGAAAAUAUUAGAGCAGUUCCAAAUAUUUUUUUAAUAGUUCAUUCAGCCUUUGUGGUAAAAAGUUUUUAGUCGAUUGGAAAAAGUUUGUAAAAUUGUUGAAAAUGCUUCGUUACUGGCUGUGUUUUGCAAGUGCAGUGUGUUUGGCGGGGUAUUGUGGGGCGAAUUAUUGUAGGGACGCUAACCUGUGCUGUCCGGGGCGAGAUAGUUCGUGUGUGAUACAGAAGGCCCACCAAAAUGCCAUAAUUGAGGACUUGACUGACAAACCCUGUUACUGCGACCAUGCUUGCUUGAAACUCGGGGAUUGCUGUCCUGAUUUCCGAGAGACUUGUGGAGUAAUCGACUGCGUGGUAUCGGGCUGGGGUCCAUGGUCAGACUGCGACACAAACUGCGGCUCCGGCAGCAUGGUGCGCAGCCGCCGCGUGGUACAGGCGCCUGCGCACGGUGGCCGACACUGCCCCUCAUUGGUGCAGCGACGAGCCUGCCAGGAACAUAGAGGCUGUUCUGCUGAUAGCGACGUGCCGUUGAGAGAUGAGACUGCAAUGUUGUUACCGGGUGGUUUGUCAGUGAGCCGCCAUUCCAAUGAGACGGUGGACAUCCGCAAGAACUUGCGUCUACGUAACCCUGACGAUCCUGAAUCUAACUCCCAUAGAGAAUACUGCGCCCAGUUCGAAGUCACCAAGGUGUCCAAAGCCUGCCACACAGACUCCGACUAUAAAGCAUUAAGAGAAGGAGCAACAGUCUGCGUGCUCUGUGAGACAGCAGCUCUUCGACGAGACCUAAAAUGGCGUUGCAGUGGGCAUGGCGUACCCGGCCACGCGACCCGCUUCUACGCCCUAGUAGCACCUCAUUGCCACGGCAAGUGGGUGAAAGCUGCUCAAAAUCCGGACAAAAGAAGCGACUGCUGCACGAAUCCCGACUUUAUAUUCGUUUAAACGCUUUAUAAGUUGUAAAAUUUCCUAUAACAUGAUUUAUUCACACUUUUAAUACGAGUUGAUUUAAAGCAUUUUUUUUAAAUCGCUGCUUUAGUGAAUGUUAGAUUUCACAUAUCUUUGGUUGAUUAAUAAAAAACAUACCUAAAUAAUACAGUAAUAAGAGACAUUUUAAAUUGUUUCCAUUGCGUUUUGUGACUAUGCAUACAAUUUUCCACGGUACAUUAUAGUUAAGUAGUGUUUUAUUUUUAUCAUUAUAUGAGUAUUGUUUCAUUGCAUUUAUUAAUUUGUAAGAAAAUGAAUACUUAUGGUUGCAUUUACGUAAUAAGACUUAAAUAGCACAUUAAAAUAUGUAAAUACGAACACUGAAUAGUUUUUACUUAUGGAUUUAAUUGAUAAUGGAACAAAAGGUACUGUUACACAUUUUUAAAAUAGCUGCAUGCUAAAAAGCGUUCGAUUGAGCAUGCUCAAAAAAUUUCAAAAACGAACGCCUGUCUAUUCGCUAGCAUAGGUACCUGUGCCUUUAGCAAAACGCCACUUUGUCUACAGAGAGAGUAGAAAACGAAAUGUAUGAGGAUGACACUGACAAGUGUCAAAAUUUACGUCAAUCCCGUAU